AUGGCGCUUCAGCCUGACCUUGAGGCCCCUUUGUUAUCAUUUUUGGCUUUUACUACCGAAGAAUUUAUAAGCAUGCUUUUCGGCAAGAGUCUCACCUACACGAUUGCCCGCAUCCCAGUACACGCUCAUGCGAUGCAGACCUUCAAAUCUAUUCCUCCCUUCUAUGCCCUUGGUAGCCUCCGCGCUGAUAAGGGCACACUACUUGCUUUGACCGAGCUACCCACCGACAAUGGCAAUCAUUUAAUGUCACAACACGAAAUAGGACUUAGCCAGGUUCCCCACCGACCACCCGAGGAUAUCGAUAUCCUUCCCCCUGUGCGCCGGACCCCACCUGACGCCGCUGCUAAGCCUCCACGACCAGCCCCAUAUCGUCGGGAAUUGACCCCUGCGAUUGCAAGGACCAGUCUCCUUGUUCCACGGCCUGCGGGAGAGAUGGGUUCUCCUCGCCGCGGUGGAUUCAGUGUUGAACAAGAGCUUGGGUGGGAGAAAAAGGAUUUUAAUGCGCUAAAGACCUUGGUCAACGAACACGUUGCAAACGUUCUGGAUGCAACAAAGCCUUUCUCUGAGCAACCCGCUGACAGGCUGGAUGAUAUCAAACACCUGCUUCGAUUGGAAAACGACGUUUACGUCUAUGAUGACAUGAAGGAGAAUGGACAUCUUACCUUGGCCCCAAACCCUGGCAUUUUGGAAGAACACGACGAUCGCUCGGUGUAUUUCGUAUACCACCGGUCAUCCUCUAAAUCGACGACGACACGCAGCGUUCGCGACAUUAUGACUGAUUAUAAGCAAGGACGACAUUUGGCAUUGAUUCGUCAACAAACUGAUGACAAAUAUAUUCACUCUUCAGACAGUGACUCUGAAGACUCUGGAGCCUCCUAA